CACCGCUAGAUCCGCUGCUGCUGCCGCGGCGGGCCGACCUGCAGGAGGCGGCGGCGGCGGCGGCCGAGGCCGAGGGAAGAUGGCGGACGGUGUGGACCACAUAGACAUUUACGCGGAUGUGGGCGAGGAGUUCAACCAGGAAGCGGAAUAUGGUGGACAUGAUCAGAUAGAUCUGUAUGAUGAUGUCAUCUCUCCAUCUGCAAAUAAUGGCGAUGCCCCAGAAGACCGGGACUACAUGGAUACUCUUCCACCAACUGUUGGUGAUGAUGUGGGUAAAGGAGCAGCACCCAACGUUGUCUAUACUUACACUGGAAAGAGAAUUGCAUUGUAUAUUGGAAAUCUUACUUGGUGGACAACAGAUGAGGACUUAACUGAAGCAGUUCAUUCUUUGGGAGUAAAUGAUAUUUUGGAGAUAAAAUUUUUUGAAAAUCGGGCAAAUGGACAAUCCAAGGGAUUUGCCCUUGUUGGUGUUGGAUCUGAAGCAUCUUCCAAAAAGUUAAUGGAUCUUUUGCCUAAAAGAGAACUUCAUGGUCAGAAUCCUGUUGUAACUCCAUGUAAUAAACAGUUCCUGAGUCAGUUUGAAAUGCAGUCCAGGAAAACUACACAAUCAGGACAAAUGUCUGGGGAAGGUAAAGCUGGUCCUCCAGGAGGCAGUUCACGUGCAGCAUUUCCACAAGGUGGUAGAGGACGGGGCCGUUUUCCAGGGGCUGUUCCUGGUGGGGACAGAUUUCCUGGGCCAGCAGGACCAGGAGGGCCACCUCCACCUUUCCCAGGAAAUUUGAUCAAGCAUCUUGUUAAAGGAACUCGGCCUUUGUUCCUGGAAGCUAGGAUUCCAUGGCAUAUGGGGCACAGCAUAGAGGAAAUACCCAUUUUUGGCCUAAAAGCUGGACAGACUCCACCACGUCCACCUUUAGGCCCUCCAGGCCCACCUGGUCCACCAGGACCUCCACCUCCUGGUCAGGUUCUGCCACCUCCUCUAGCAGGACCUCCUAAUCGAGGAGACCGCCCUCCACCACCAGUACUUUUUCCUGGACAACCUUUUGGGCAACCUCCGUUGGGUCCUCUUCCUCCUGGGCCUCCACCUCCAGUUCCAGGCUAUGGCCCCCCUCCAGGUCCACCGCCUCCACAGCAGGGACCACCUCCACCUCCAGGCCCCUUUCCACCUCGACCACCAGGUCCACUAGGGCCUCCCCUUACACUUGCUCCUCCUCCACAUCUUCCGGGACCACCUCCAGGUGCCCCACCACCAGCUCCACAUGUGAAUCCUGCUUUUUUUCCUCCACCAACUAAUAGUGGCAUGCCAACAUCAGAUAGUCGAGGUCCACCACCAACAGACCCAUAUGGCCGACCUCCACCAUAUGAUAGGGGUGACUAUGGUCCCCCUGGGAGGGAAAUGGAUACUGCAAGAACACCACUGAGUGAAGCUGAGUUUGAAGAAAUCAUGAAUAGAAAUCGGGCAAUCUCAAGCAGUGCUAUUUCAAGAGCUGUGUCUGAUGCCAGUGCUGGUGAUUAUGGGAGUGCUAUUGAAACAUUGGUAACAGCAAUUUCUUUAAUUAAACAAUCCAAAGUAUCUGCAGAUGAUCGUUGCAAAGUUCUUAUUAGCUCUUUGCAAGAUUGCCUUCAUGGAAUUGAGUCCAAGUCCUAUGGUUCUGGAUCAAGAAGACGUGAACGAUCAAGAGAAAGGGACCAUAGUAGAUCACGGGAAAAGAGUCGGCGUCAUAAAUCUCGGAGUAGAGAUCGCCAUGAUGAUUAUUACAGAGAGAGAAGCAGAGAGCGAGAGAGACACCGCGAUCGUGAUCGGGACCGUGACCGGGAGCGCGACCGAGAGCGAGAGUACCGUCACCGUUAGAAGUAAAUAUACCUACAUUUUAAGUGGUCCAAGUACUUGUUCUGAUUUAAUCUUCUGGAAACACCCGAAAACAGGUAAGCCACUACAGGUAAAAAAAUUUUGACCUUUUUCCAUUGAAUGUUGUAUUCCUGAGUUAUCUGUGACUUUUAGAUUUCAGAUUGUGGUCUUAAAGCAAGAAAAAUAAUCAAGAGGACUCAUUGUGUACUUCUAAAAUUUGAAAAUUGGGAUUCUGCUAAUCACAUACAUUGUUUGCAUGUGAUUUAAAAUAUUUAUAAAAUACCAAGGGAUUGCUUCAGAUAUGAAUUUUAUGUGCUUGGAUUUUUAAAAAUAAAAUUUUUGUCCUUCCUUCCUUGAACUAACUUUAUUUGUCCCUGAAACUUUUAAAGAAAAUCUAACACUGUAAUAGGUUACAAUACAAAAGGAUGUUUUUCCGCAUUGAAAGAGGGUUUUUUUUUCCUUAAAAAUUUUUUUGGAAAAAAAAAUUUCUAGCACUUCAUUUUUGUUUUUUAAAGGAAAAUUAUCUUUUUAAUUUGCAAAGAAGGUGUAAAGUGGGUUAAGGGUACAUAUCUAAAAACUUUAAAUUGCCAAGUAAGUGCCAAGCUAUACAUCCCAAGUUAUAAGUACUUGGAAAUAAUUUUCUUUGAUGUUUCAUUCAUAAGCCAUAAUCAUUGUCUUUUUUUCUGUAUUUUAAAAAUUUCUUGUGUACAUUUUUUCAUAAAGUAAAAUGAGUUGUCUGUUUAUAUUUCAUUUUUACAUGUAAUUUUAUUUUAUAUUUGUGGACAGUGUUUACUCAUGAAGAGUGGGGAAAGAGCACUGUGAAUCUUUUACAUGUGGCAGAUUAUUCUAAACACCUUUGCUUCAUAUAUUGAUGGCAUAUUUGAAUUAGGCUUAAAACAAAUCCUCUAUAAGUAAAUACUUCAUAGAAACGUACUGAAAAUCCAACCUUGAAAAUUGUUAAUAUACAAAUUGUAAUUGGCUUUGUUGUGUAUGUAAUUCUGCGGCUAGCAGUUUCUUUAAUCACACACACAUGCAUACACACACACACACACACACACACACACAUACACACACAGAAAUCCUUUUUGAACAAGACAGGUGUAAGUCUUAGUUUUUAUGGAACACAAGUAUUACUCUAUGGCUUACGGGUUUUUGAAAUGAGAAAGCCCAUUUUAAUACUUGUCUUAUAUCUUAAAUAUGCCUUUUAAUAUUUAUAAAAACUUUACUAAUUAUGUUGCAUUACAUUUUUAAUUCUCAAAAUAUUUAUUUUAAAAUUACUAAAAUCAGUACUGUUUGGAUAUUUAUUUAUUUGUUUGUUUAUUUAUUUUAGUCUUUGUAGUUUAUCAACCAUUUUUAUAGUUACCAAAGAUACGAUAGUGAAACUUGGAUAAAAUUUUCAGUAAUUCGGUGCACCCAUCCAGGGGCCUCUAAAACAGUUCAUAUGUAGAGUUAAUUAGUAGCAGUUUUCUUAUGGGUCUUCAUAAAAUUAAUCCAAUCAGCCAAGUAUGAACUUUUGAUAAUUUCAUUGUUAAUUUUACAUAAUUUGAAUUUACACUUCAGUCAAGAGUAUACACGUAAAUAUAUCAUGAUUUGAGUUCCAUGUCAUUCAGGCAUUAACUACAAUUUCUUAGUGUGCAGUUGAUGUUUUUUGCAACUAGUGAUGUACCAUACCCCAAAUUCUGUUUUGUUUGUAUAUUAAUCAGAAUUGAGUUGUAAUAUUGUUGUGUGCCUUCAUCCAAGCCAAAUUUUACAAAAGCCUUUCCGGUGAAAAAAGAAAAAAAAGAAAAAGAAGGAAAGGAAAAGGGAAUAAAAGAUAUGUUUUCCUGGAUUACUGUAUCUUUGCUAUAUACCAAGAGGUAUUGAUUGUGUGAGCUGAUGUGAGUAAGAGGGUGGGGGCUGGGAUUGAAUACAUAUAUCAAGUGCAAACCUAGUCACAAAUUUUACUGCCAUUUUAAGGUCUGCUGACCUCUUUACAAGUUUUAGAAUAUGAGUCCUUUUGAACUUCCUUGUAAUUUUAAAUGGAGUAAAUGGAAUAAGAAGCACUUCAAUAAACUAAACGUCAGUCUUUGUGUAAAUUAAUAAUGUAAUAUGCUCUCAAGUGAUGAUGGUGGGUAAAGGGCAGGUUCUGGAAACUUAAUGUUGGCAGCUGUUAAUGUCUGUCCCAUCUUAAGUUUUUUGUGUUUGAACUGUUGGGUAACGUUAAUUGCAUUCUCAUUUGAAAAAAUGUAUUAGUUUUUCUAAAAGCAUUCCAUAUCCAAGUUCAAAUAGGUAAUAAUACUUAAAUGAGAAAAAUAAGUUUUGUAAAUUUCAGUGUGUAAAUGCAUUGUGCUUCAUAUACUGUAAUUUUACCUUUAUUCUCAGACCACUCUGAGCAAAAUAAAAGAUGCAAGGUUGUUUUCUUACAGAGAUAAUGCUACUGUUGCAGUUACAGUUGCUCCUUUCUUGAAGUUGUUCCUGUCACCACUUUUAGAAUAGCCUCACUCAGCAGUUUCUGUUAACAACUGAGUUUUGUGUACUGAAGACUAAUGGGAGAAAAUUCUUUCUCUAGAUGCUUUUUAAUUAGGGUUCUCUUCCUAAUUUAUGAGAUUCACAUGUUCUCAAGUGAUUUCCUUCUUUUUGCUACAUACUGUGUUUGGAAUCUGCGUUAAAUAACUGUAAGAGUUGGGCUGUGUGAUUCCUGCUGGCAUAAAUGUCAUAAACUUGGGUUUAAUUACUGCACAGGAUUUAGGAUGCUUUGUGUUGGUUAUUCAGAUUAUUAUAGCUUGUGUUAAUUUGGGGGAAAGCCCAAAGAAAAACAUUUCUUUUAUAUUAAGAUGUUCCCAUCUCCUUAGGAGUGUUAUGUUGAGGCUUUUGUGAAAAUUAAAUUCUCUUCAUCACCUGGUGAAUGAUAACUGUUUCAAAAUUACUUUUACAGCUCUUAGAUCACGUGUUCCCUGCCUAGUAGUCCCAGCUUUGUUUUCUUAAGUUCUCCUAUAUAUCUCAACUGCUCUGCUUCAUCUUGCUUUGCUGGCUCUUAUUUCUUCUCUCAUUUCUUAGAAUUUUAGUAUUUGUAAAAUCUGACUAUACUCUGACUUACUUGAGUGACAAGAGAGGGUAGGAGGUGAUCCUUUGGAUGUAUGUAUAGUGUUUUGCUCACUGUGGUUUAAGAAUAUAGUUUUGUUUAUACAUGAUGUUCUCUGUCUUACAAAAACUCAGUGCCAAUGUGAGUCACUUUGCUCUCUCACCUUCAUUUCAAUGUGGAACCCUUCCAUUGUUUAGUUUGCAUAUUGGUUUGUUUUGAAUAAGUAAUGUUUUAAAUGACUAUUCAGUUAGCAUUGUUUAAAAGAAACCUCAUAACACGAGUCUCAUUCAUGUUAUUCAAAUUUAUGCUUUUGCUUUCUGUGGUUAGCAAGAUCUAACUCUUGACCGUGGAUGAAUUCUAAAUAACAAACAGCUUAUUUUGAAAUGUCCAUAUUUUUUGGGUGACUUUUUGGCACAAAUCUUUUUUUCUUUCAUUUCCUGUUUUGUGAUGGAGUUUAUUUCUAUGUAGUCAAUUGCAUAGCGCACUUAAUUGUGUAUUUUGGAGAGUGAUAAAAUACUUUAUUUGAAAUGGGGUAAGUAUGAUGUUCAGAGAAAAACAGGAAAAUAUAAGCUGUUUCAGUAGCUAGGAGCUUUUUGUGAAUAUCAGUAAUAAACAAAAAUGUUUUUUAUGUACUGUGUUCUAGUCAAUAUAAGAAGAAAUUUAGGAUUAAUAUGUUCAUAUGCUUCUAUUGCCUACCUCAUCCCCUUUCCUCAGGAAGCAGAAAUUUUCAGAUCUGGCAGGGUAAAUUUUAUUUAUUUAAAAGCAUUGCAUUUCUAAAAUUAAUUUGAGGAUCCUUUUAAAUUCAGCACAUUAAUAUGAAAAUAUGUAAGAGCUGGCUGUUAUAGUGCACCUAAAGAGACUGGCACAGGAAGACCCUGUGAGACCCAGGCUAGCCUGGCUUACAUGUAGAGUCUGAGGCCAGCCAGGCCUUUGUACUAAGACCCUGUUUUAGAGAUAAACCCUCAACAUAAAACCUUAAGAAUUCCCAUCAAGUAAAUAUUCAAAUGUUUUAUUUAAAAAAGAUGAAUUCACCAUGAGUUUUAAAAUAUGAAUAAUACCAAGAUUGCAUCUUUAAGUAUCAAACAACACUCAAUUUGAGUUGUUCAUAGUGGUUUGAUAGUACAUUACUCAGAGCAUAGGUGUUUCACUCUGUAUUGAUUUUCCUGCUUGCUUUAGCUUGCAGACUUUAAAGCUGUAGUUUCAUUGUCUUACUUAGUUCAUUUAACAGCUGUUUACAUAGAUUCCUUUUUAUAACUGACAGCUAAAGCAAAUAAUUGUGUGGCUUUGACAUUAUAGAUUUGAUCAAAUGCUAUUUUGAACAUAUGGACAUUCAAUGUAUGUGUUACUUUUAAGCUCUUUGAUAACUUUGUUUAUGUAGAUGUCUAUUUAGACAUUUGACUAUAAUAUGGAAUUGGAUUAUUGGAAAUGGGUUGUAUUGCCUUCAAAAUUUUCUUCCGUUUGAGAUUGUAAAACUUGUGUUUACAUAUGUAAAGUGUUUAGAACUAGAAAUAAACGUUUCUAAACUAUUCCCUAAAUAUUAUGUCUGUAUGGUGAAAAUUUAAGAUUUAUCAGUUAGUAAAGACUUAUCUAUAAUAUAAUGAAGCAAAAGAGGAGUGCCCUAGUUCUGCAUGAAGGUGUGUAUUACGACCUCACAAACGGGAUUUCCUGUAUAAAAGUAGUAAGUUUCUAUUGGGGUCAGUUUUUCUUUUUCUUAUCCCCACACUGUGACACUGAAUAAUUUUUCUGUCAGUGAUUGAUUCAUUCUUCAUAACACAACAAAAAUAUUAGGGAAGAAAGUAUUUCUUUUUUAGUAGAAUUUACAAAAUUUCCUACAGUCUUUUUUAUAGAUUAAAACAUGUGCCUUUUCUUUCUCUAAUUUCUGUUUUUAAAAUUCACUAGUGCUACAAGUGUUAGUGUAGGUCAUGGGCUUAGCACGUGUGUGGAGUCCUGGAUUUAGUUCUCAGUAUCAAUCCCAGGAAACAAACAAACAAACAAACAAACAAACAAACAAACAAAAAACCUACCAGAAUUGUAACCUGUAAAAAUAAAACAUUUGAAAACUGACAUUGUAAAUUUUUUUUCUGUUGAAUAAUUCCUCUAUAUAAGGCUCAUCAUAAAAAUCAAAGGUAUAAAAGGUGGCUAUUAUAAAUAGCUUAAAUGUCUCUAAAAAGGCAGAUACAUAGAAAGUAUUUAGAUGAGAAAGAACCUUUUCUUUUGUACUUUUAAGAUUUAAGGGAGUAUGAAUGCAUACUGAUACUCUUAAAAUUCUCCCAAUAGAGAAAUGAACACAAAAUUUAGAGUUGUCACAGAAAUUGUUCCUAAGUAUAAAGCAAAGAAUCUUUUAAAAUUAUUUUUACGACAGAAUGCUACUAAGCAUUGUGUGCUUAAAAAUAUUAAAAUACCCUUUUAGUAUUUCUAUUUUAAAUAUUUGGUAUUUCAGUGAUCAAUUUUUUUUUAAUUAAUGUUUCCUUUUGGGGAAUUUACUUGAAAUUUACAUAAAUGUGUAUUCCUGAGACUAUAGUAUCGAUUUUAUUAUUGGCUUCCCCUCUACCCCUUUAAGUUUUUAAUGAAAUUUAUCAGUGUAGAUUCUCAUUAGUUUAUAUUUGGUUAGUGGAUAUAGGUGAAAUAGAGUGAAAGUAAUGUCUCAAUUUUGUACUAUGUCUAAAGAUUUGUAUGUGGAUGUCAUAUUUAAUGUUCAUACUGAGGUAUUGAUUUAUAAAUUUUGUAACAUGGAACUUUAUUGGUUUAUAACAAAUUGACAGAAGUUCAUGUAUGCUGUCAAAUACAGUUAAUUUGUAAAUUUCAUUGCAUUUUAUAUUCAGUUCAGCAUCUGUUAAAUAAAUUGGUUUGUGGAUGAAUGAAAAAUAUCUACAUUCAAAUCAAGCAUUUUCCCAUUUAUUUUUGUAGUAUGCAUAUUUUAGAAAAUGACUUAUGACUGUUCUCAUCACAGAAACAGUAGCUGCUGUGUUUUCAUUUGUUACUGAUUGUUUUCUUUAUAAAAUUAGCAUAUAUUGUAUGCAAUAAUGGUCUUCAUUUGAGAAUCACUGGAUUUCAAAGAUAUUAUGUAAAAAGAAUGAAAUGAGAAUUUCAUAUUUUGAAUUUGUAAAUUCGGAGCAUUUCUCCACCAUGCAAGCAGCUACUGUUUGAGUUACUCUUUAUUUUGUGUUAGAAUACCUAACAGUGAGUAGAUGCACGACUUGUGUAUGUAUAGCUAAGCCAACAUUUUUCUGUGUAUUCUGGGGAAUAGCAAAAUCUACAUCACAAAUUUUGACACAUUACAGCUGAAGGAAGAGGAACACCUUCCAAGACAAAACAGUCUUCAUGGGGGAAAAGUGACGCUUGUCCAGCAGUUUGCUUCUUGUGAUUGAACUGAACCUGUAAGGAUUCAUGGAUAAACUGAGCAGGAAUAGAUCUGAAUAAAGCAAAUCUGCAUAAAUGGUAACCAGUAGCUCUACUUUAUUUUUUAUGUUGCUUAACUGUUUUAUUUGAAGGAAACCUGUGUGAUUUAAAAAGUUAAUAGCUUUUGCAACUUUAUUACUGGUUAUAUAUAUUUGGCCAUUAUAAUGUGCAAGCAAUUGGAAACAAAAAGUCAAGUAAAUGCUUGUUUUUAUAGUAGUUUGUUCUUGUUAAAAUGUUCAUAUGAUAAUGUCUGUAAACAGCACCACUUUGAUUACAAUAGAUGUAGUGUUGUAAUAAACUGUUUAAUGGGGCUGAUGUGUAAAGCUGUUCAAGUUAUUUGAUGUUUACACCUCAGGGAAAGUCUUGUGUUCAGCAAUAUCUAAAGAUAAUGUUACUAUGACAACAUUUUUACUGUCCUUUAAAAAAGCAUUGCAAUAGCGUGUUUGGAUAUGCAUCAAUCUAAUCUUGGCGUUCAGUGAAUUAAACAUAACUAAUUAAGUGUCUCUUGCCCUUGAUUUUGAUAUUAGAAUAGGUGAUUACAUGGUAUUUAAUAUUUCUAUAUUCUGCUUUUCUAGCUGUUUUUACCUAGUUAGCUUGUGAUUUUGCUGAAUGGUAUGUAAACUUGUAAAAAUGAAAUUUGACAGAUAUAGCAAUCUAGUCAAUGUGUUAGGGGUCACAGAAUUUGAGGUUGUUACAUUUUGGUAAAAAAUCAUGUAUUUGCUACAGUAGUGCAGCUUAAUUACAGCCCAGAUAUACGGAAACAAUUAAUUGUGAACUGCUAGCACUUAAGAGAGACUUUGAUAAUUUUGAUUUGAUGCAGUAAUUUUCUGUUUCAUGCUGAUGGUGCCAUAGGCAGUGUAAAUAUAGCCAUACAGCAUGUAAAUAUGAGUAAAGAAAGCUCGAGUAUUCUACUUAAUUGAGAUUUCUGAAAGGUGUGUUGUUUACUAACAUUGGGUUGUAUUCAGUGUGAGUAAUGAGAAAUUAUAGUUACACCCUGUCUUCAUGGUUCAAGGAAUUGUAUGUAUAUUCCUGUAACCUUGUUGAUUUAUGUUUGAUUAGAGCUAAUCAGUUGAAUUUUUUUUCAGCCAGCCAUAAUUAAUAAAAGGCUGUACUAAAAGCAUCUGGCUGGCAUAUGUUCUGCACACUUAGCAGAAACAGACGGUCAACUUGAUUACUUAUUUUUAUAGGAAGGUAAAAAUCAGAAUACUAAAGAAAUUUGAGAUAAAAUCCUUAAGCUAAUUUGUUUUGAAUAUAUUUUAAAGAUCUUAUUACCAAUGAGAGAUCUUUGGUAGGAUGCAUUGGCUUUUAAAGCUUGUCUAAAUUUAAGGGUAAUGCUUAAGGUAUGUAUAAUAGCUAGAGAUAAUGUGUAGCUCAAGAGAUUUGUACUUCUUCAGUUUCAUCCCUUUCUGUUUUUAAAGUACUCAAAAAUUAGUUUUAAAAUAUCCAUACCACUGCCAGUUCAUUUUAAAACAUUUUAUGAGCAGAGUAUUUUUGCAAGGGAUCAUUGGUGUUUACUAGAACUGUUGUUAGCACUCAGAAAUGAUUUUUAAGUGUUUAAUCUUGUUGAAAUGUAGUUGCCUUUUAAUUUGAGAGUUGUAUCAAAAUCUAUUUUCUUGUUUUGUGUAUAGGUAUUGUAAGUUUUUGUCAUUUCUUAGCUUUUUUAAUAGUUUAAUUACAAUACCCUAAUGUGAAGACGUUUGGACAUACAUAUGUUUACAAGGGAAAUUAGUUAAUAAUAAGAUUGAAAGGUAAGUAAAAUGUCCACAAGGAUAAAUUUUCUCUGAACAUUUUAAAAAUGGAAUCACAAAUACAUAUACUUGAAAUGAAACUGGAGGUUUUGUACUAAUUUUAAUCCUUCAUUACCUUUUAUUUCUUUUUUGUUUUUAAAUCAGUUGGAACGGUUAAUUGCGCCCUUUAUGUCAUCCUUCUUUUUGCUUGGCUUAUUUCAUUAAGUGACUUUGGUUGCAGGUAGUGUGAGUGUACUAGAGUUGUUUGCUGCUGCUAGGUGAUUUUUUUAAGUGUUGUCAGGAAGAAAUAAAAUAACUUUUUGUGUAAUUUUGCAAAGUCUCCUACCUGAUAACACAUGAAUGUAUAGUAGUAAAAAAUUACAAACUUUGUUUUAUUUGUCAAAGCCCUUCUGUUGUUUAGGAGCCAGUUUUAUUUGAAAACUUGUUUUUAAUGUGUAAAAACAAUCCAAAGAUACACAUCUUUGCAAAGACACCAAAAAAGAGAGAGAGAGAGAGAGAGAGAGAAGAAGAAAGGACUUAGGGAGAAUUUUAAGAGCUACACUUCAUAUAGUGGCAAUGAAAACAAGCUUGAGUUUAUCUUGAAUGCUAUCAUUGCCUAGUGCUGUGCAGUCACAUUCCUUACCUAGUAGUAAAGUUCAGAUGUGUGGUAAGCGCCCACAUGGUAUUUCUCUUGCAGCAGCGUUUUUGAAUUCCAUGCACUGCUUUGAGGUAAAUGAAAUACUUUUGUAGAAAGGAUUACUUCAGUGUAAUUUAUAAAUGUUUAUGUUUUGUCAGUUUUUCUCAGCAAGAUUUUGGGUGACUUGCUAUAGCUGUUGAUCGUACUUGUUAGCUCAUUUACUGGCUCCUUUACCUAGAAUAUUCUUAAGCAGUUAACUACAAUUUGGAAAUUCACAAUAAUAUGGAGCUUAAGAUAUUAUUUUCAUUUGAUUCUCCUAUGGAGACUGUUGAUUUAGCUUUUACUAGUUUAAAGUCAGUUCUAAAAAUAAACAUGGAAGUUUUAAUGAACAUUGCAUAAUAUUUUAUGGUAAAGGGAAAAGUUGUUGGAAAGGGUAAGAGUGUCUCUUUCCCUGUGUAUUUGAAUGUGCCAAUAACCUAAGUACGUUCUGUUACAUACAAUGAGAUGCUACUGCAAGACUCUUCUGUUGGAGUGCUCUUGGCAUUUUAGUUUUGUUACCCAAAUGGUCAUUGCAUUAUUCGUGUAUCUUACAAAGUGGCCCCGAUAUUGUGUUUUAAGCUUCAUCUUGCGUUAUUUUAAGGGGAAGUUUAUGCUCUGAUUCUUUACUGAGCACACAGUAUUGAGAUUCUUGUGAUUGCACAGAGAACUGAUUUUUAAAUUUUACUCAUGAAGUUCAUUUGCAUCCCAUAGCCCUCUGUAAAUGUUUCCCCCAGUUGUAUGUACUUACUAAAUGCACGCUUAUUCAUUGUACAUACUAGAAAUUUUUGUGCUAAAAUAUAUUAAGUAGGAUUUUUGUAGCAAAGCAUUCUAUUUUUAUGUUCUUGUAGUGUAUGUGUUAACAUUAAUAUUCAGUUUCAACACUGGUGUAUUUAUUUUUUAGCAACUUGACUCCUAGAAGCCUUAGACUGACUUUUAAAUAAACAUUCAACCAAAAAUUAUGAAUUUAUUGAGAUGUGGCCUUAUAUAUGGUGUUUCUGUGUUCAUAACAUGAGAUUUUUUUUAAAUUUAGAUUUUAUUUAAAUAAAGAUUUAGAAUUAGUUUCACUUUAAGUCAAAAUAGAAAAUGUAUUAAGCAUCUAGGCUUCUGGGAGGAAGUUCUUAUACUCUUCUUUCUUGGCAUUAGAAAGAAGCAAUAUGAAUUUAUGAAUAUUCCAAAUAUUCAGGCCAUUGUAUUAUGUUCAUAUUGGGUUAGGUUUGUUUUAGCCCAAUGUUUCUUUAAAGUUCUAGGUUGUUGGCAUUCACUGAACAUAUAGCUACUAUGGUUUUUGUAUGGGAUGUAUGAAUUCUUGGUUAUAUACAGGCAGAUUUCAGUGUUUUAAAGACUUCCUGCUACAUUAAUUAUAUUGUAAUGGGAGGCUUUUAAAACAUUAGGUAAAGUUUAAUUGAAGUCACACAAAUAUUGAAUGGUAUCUGUGGAUGGUAAAUACUACGAGCAUUUUUUUCAUGUCGGAGUACCCUAAAACUCCAUGGGAGUAAAUUACAUUCAUUUCCAAUUGGACAGACCCAAAAUAUUUUAUUUUGAAGGUGCAUUUUUUUUUUUUUUGCCUCACUGUUGCUGCAUAACACUUCUCAGCAUUUCUGUAUGCACAUUAUUUUAAAAUACAGUGAUAAAUUCGUGUUUGUUUAUUUUUUUUACUUUGGAAAUUAUAGUACUGAGGUGAUAUUUAAUGGGAAAUGAUCCUUUGGGGUGAAUCAUAAUGUAUUUUGAGGACUGCAACUAUAUAACAUUUAUGACUUUAGCCUUAAAAAAGGUCUAUUACUCCUUUCUUUGCAUCCCAUGGUAUAGUAGCAAAGUAGUUUACAGCCCAGCACAGCCUUACAAAGUUAUUUUACAAUUUUUUAUGGAAAACCCCUAACAACAAAAAAUUGUAUCAUAUUAUAGUACCCAUGAGUUAUUGAAUAAUCACUCUGUGUAAAUAAGUUGUCUAAUAUCAGAAGGCCAAAGAAAGUCUUGAGAUUUUAGCUAUUGAAUGUGGUGACUUCAUAAGAUUUCUGUGCAAAAGGUAAGGUGAUAAUCCAUCAAACAGGCACCCUUUUGAUGUCCAUGAAAACUAGACUUCCAUAUUAGCUUCUUUCAAAGGCUCAUUCCCAUUUUAUUAAAAUGUUUGUACUUGCAAUUUUGUGUUUAAUGUUUACUUUGUCUUUUCUUUCUUUAGCAUUUAGGUGACUGUUCAGCAGUUUGCUAUAUGGCCAUUGUUGGCCUUAAACUGCACUAGUAACAAGCAUGGUAUUUAUCUUGUAUUGAAAAUAAAAACAAAGUUUUGAUAAUA